UUAGUUGUCAAAACUAAAAUAACUAAUUUUAUUUUUAAUUUUCUUCAAAAAAUUCAUCAAUCACAAAAUGAAUACUGAAAAUCAAAAUAAUACAGAACAGGGUAGUGGGGAAGUGAUUCUAUUCAAAAAUAAGGAUGUAACAGAUAAUAAUUCUGAGAAAAACGAUAGUGAUAUAUCAAUAGGAGUGAAAAAUGAAAAUGGAGAUUUUUUAUCUGAUCAAAAAAUGGAGUCAGAUGAACCGAUAACACCAACACCGUCUCCUGUAAAUAGUCAACAUUCAUCAAAUAAUAUACAACGUUCCAUUUAUAAUCCAUGCAUGGCAGAUACACAUAGCAGAAUUUUCGGUGAUAGUGAUGACACCCCACAACCAUCUCCUAGAAAGAAUUCUACUGUUACAUUUAGGGGAAACAGUUCAGAUAAUACUAUACCCGAAACAAUAGAAAAAGCACAUUUUUAUGGGAAAAAAACUGAUGGAAAUCCGUUAACCGGUGAAGGUUACGACAAAGAUAAGUCACAUCAACAUGGUAAAAUGCCACCUGGAGGCCAUUCAACUCCGUUAUGGUGAAGCUUUAC